UUGGUUUGCAGCUGGAUCAUCUGGAUGAACGCAGGACAACGUAACGGAACCGGAGACAAGCUGGUUGUUUUAUUGUGUAAUUUUAUGGAAAAGCGCAAGAAUUUAACAAACGUUCACACAGAAAUUGUUUUUUUUUUCCAGUCUUAGUUUGUAUUAUUUUUUUUAUUUUUUUUAUUAUUAAUUUGCGAACACAGUAAACAAGGGGAAAGUGCUAUAAAGCCGUUUAAAGACAUUAGGGACUGUUUGUAAGGCUUCAGAUUAAAGUUGUGAGCCGUGGACGGACACUCGUGGACGGAGCGGAUCAGCAUCACUUUGUGCGUCUUGUUGGACAGACGAGGCUCCGGUGCCAACGCCUUUUCCCCUCUCACCGGGUUUUUUCCCAGCAGCAGGCUGGGAAACUUCAGUCCACAGGAACCCAAGUGCUGUUUGACGGAGCUUCCCUUCAACUUCUAUGAGCUGAACCCCUGAGAAAAACCCAACCUGCCACUAAGAGAAGACACUGAAGAGAGAACAGAAUAAUAAUAAUAAUAAUAAUAAUAAUAAAAAUUAAAAUGGGCUGCACUAUCAGCGCCGAGGACAAGGCUGCGGUGGAGAGGAGUAAAAUGAUUGACAAAAACCUGCGAGAAGACAGAGAGAAAUCCUCCAGAGAAGUGAAACUUCUCCUACUUGGUGCCGGGGAAUCUGGGAAAAGCACGAUAGUAAAGCAAAUGAAAAUCAUUCAUGAAGAUGGCUACUCAGAAGAGGAGUGUAAGCAGUACAAAGUGGUGGUGUACAGCAACACCAUCCAGUCCAUCAUGGCCAUCAUCAGGGCAAUGGGCCGAUUAAAGAUAGACUUUGGAGACCCUGCACGAGCGGAUGACGCCCGUCAGCUGUUCGCCUUAGCGAGUUCAGCGGAGGAAGGAGUGAUGUCGGCAGAACUGACCCGAGUGAUUCGGAGGCUGUGGAGCGAUGAGGGAGUCCAGGCCUGCUUUGAUCGAUCACGAGAGUAUCAGCUCAACGACUCAGCCGCAUACUACUUAAAUGACCUGGACAGGAUCUGCCAGACCAACUACGUCCCAACGCAGCAGGACGUUCUACGCACACGUGUGAAGACCACUGGCAUCGUAGAGACACACUUCACCUUCAAAGACCUUUACUUCAAGAUGUUUGAUGUUGGCGGCCAGCGCUCCGAGAGGAAAAAGUGGAUCCAUUGUUUUGAAGGCGUCACGGCGAUCAUCUUCUGUGUUGCACUCAGUGACUACGACCUGGUGUUGGCUGAGGAUGAGGAGAUGAACCGGAUGCAUGAAAGCAUGAAGCUUUUUGACUCCAUCUGCAACAACAAGUGGUUCACACUCACCUCUAUAAUCCUGUUCCUCAACAAGAAGGACCUGUUUGAGGAGAAAAUCAGCCGGAGUCCGCUGACUAUCUGCUACCCUGAGUACACUGGUGGACACGCAUAUGAAGAGGCUGCAGCUUAUAUCCAGUGUCAAUUUGAGGACUUGAAUAAACGAAAGGACACCAAGGAGAUCUACACCCACUUCACCUGUGCCACAGACACCAAGAAUGUGCAGUUUGUGUUUGACGCUGUUACUGACGUCAUCAUCAAGUUCAACCUGAGGGAGAUCGGGCUCUACUGAAGCUUCAGGCCCCGUUGGUGUCAGAGGUACACAGGACUUCUGGGCUGGUAUGUCUUGUCUGCAGAGAGCGAUUUGGAAAGUAGGUUUUGUUAAAGACUGAACCAGUGGUCAUGCAGCAGUUUGACAACUUGCUACUACCAUGACUUUUGUCUUACUAGAUUUUUUUUAAUGCAGAGCAUACUGGGGAGAGGUAAAUAGUGUUUAAGGCUUGUUAAAUGAUCACUGUGAGCUCAGCUGGAGUCCAGUCAUAUUUAAGAUAUUUGCAUAUUUUAAGGGCUAGCUGGUAAAAGCCCUCAGCUGAUAUAAUUUCACACAAGUCACAUGCACAAGAACAAACUGCCCUUUUAUCAAAUCCAUUUCACAUUUAAUGUGUAAAUUGCAUUCACUUUUUGUGUUAUUCUCGUCUUAGCUGUAAGUCUGUAUCACAUUGCAACUGAACAUUUGCUUUAUUAUAUUUUAUUCUGAUGUUUGCAGUAAUGUAGUUUUUCCACUUCCAAUGUGUGAAUUCAUUAACUUAUGUACAGGAAGCAGUUUGUAUUGACAGUUUAAUGUAUAUAACAUUACUUUAACUUAGUAGCAACAUGGCUCUCUAUGUUAUUGUUCUAAUUUUAAUUAGACCACAUUAUACUGAGCAAUAUUUUUAUACUUGAGACACAUCACUGCAGAUCAGUUGUGAAGGGAGAUCUUUUUUUUAUUAUUAUAAUUAUUAACUCUUCCAUAGGAGUUAUUGUUAUUCCCAGUCAGUGGAGGCCAAUAUAGAUGCUGUUUAUUUUAAUCCUAUGGAUAUUUAUGAAAAAUAUAAAACACCAAACAUGAAAAUGUGGGACAGUAUGAUGUAGCCAUCAUGAAAUGCUGAUAUUUUGUCAGAAGUACUUUGCUAAUAUAUAUCAGUGCACAUUUUAAGUCAGAUUGUUCCCCUCUUCCACAAUUUGUCAGGUUUCCGCCAAGUAUUUUUAUGUCCUGCUCACUCAUUUUUUUCUGUAGCUGUAUUUCAUUUUAACAUAAUUAAAUGAUGGCACAAAUUCA